CGGUUAUUUCGGAUUGCAUUUACCGAACCUUCAAAAAAGCUACAUCAAUAGCAAACAUUUGUGCUCUUCUAAUAAACAAUCGUCAGAUUUCCUUUAAAAAUUAUUUAAAAUGCAAAUAAGCGAAAAAUGCCAUUCCUAACUAAAGAAAAUCUUAAGCAGCAUUGCCGCACUUGUCUGAAAAAAUUAAAAAUACAAGAUAACAGUUUAAUACCAAGUAUAGAUGUAGUAGACGAAGUUUCAGAGUGUAAAGAUUUCUGUAUUAGCAUCGUUAAUAAUGAAGAAUUACAAAAUCUUAUAGCCUCCUAUAUGGACGAGCAUUGGCUUAUUGAAGCGACUGAACCGAUACUGGGGGAAUAUCCUCAGUGUGUGUGCAUACAUUGCUAUAAUAAACUGCAAAGUUUUGGAUUAUUUCGCGAACUAAUAAAGAAAAGUGCUCAAAAACUGCAGGCGAUACUCUGCCAUGGAGUUAAUAAAGUGGAAAUUGACGACGAUGGACCCGAAGAAAAUCAAGGAAUGGGUAAAGAACCAGAAACAGCGCGGGCGACAGAUAUGUUUAACUUUUUGGAUACACUUAUGGAAACCGAAUCAGUUAAGCUUGAGUUAGAUAAUGUGGGAACGUUAAUGAGCGAGAGUGUACCUGACCCCGAUCCUUUCGACACUGAUAUUUCAGCUAAACGUAAAGCUACACAAAGUGAAAUUUCAAAUAACGCUAUCAACGAAGAAAGCUAUGAUCAAGUAUGGCAAGAUGAAUCCGAAGCUGAUUUAGAAAAACCAUCUAUAUCAGUGACAUCUGCAAAUGUUGAUAGCAGGAUCUUGAAAAGUCAAAAAGUUAAAAGCAAUUUAACUAAUACUCUUGAAUGUAUUCUAAACGAUAAACAAAAUGACGAUGGUUUGGGAAAUAUAAAAUGUACACGCGUAAGCAAGAAACGAUUUGCAGAAUAUGUGGCUACAAAAAUACAAAAACAUAAAAAAAGUAUGAAAAAAGCUAUCGAAGUUAGUCGACAUACUCAAAACUUUGUGGACACUGACAAGACAGAUAGUAAAUCGAAGAGACGCAAUAAAGGUACUAAAAACAGCUUCAAGUGUGAGCAGUGUAGUCACAGUUUUGCUCAAAAAAUCGCCCUCGAUGCUCAUAGACGUAAAGUGCAUGAAGGAAGCAUGCGUCCCUUUCAAUGUGAUCGAUGUGAAAAAUCGUAUACAUGCAUCAGUGGACUAUAUAAGCACAUCAAGGAAAUUCACGAAGCCGAGGUGCGUUCAUAUUCGUGCAACAUACCUGGAUGUGACCGUGUCUAUACUAGUUUUAUUGCAAUGCAAAGACAUAAACGAUUGAAACACUCGGAUACACCCUGUGUGAAAAAAUAUGUUUGCGAACAAUGUGGCGCAACAUUCAACCAAUCCGGUAAUCUUAAAUCCCAUCGUCGUUCUAAACAUCCUACAGACGCAGAACAAACCGCUCAAGACCAAUUGAAAGAGCGUUUUGAAUGUGACGUGUGUAAGAAAUUGUUCCAUUCACGUUACACCUUAAAGUAUCACACCUUACAACUGCACACCAACGAAAUGAAGUACGAGUGUAAUGUGUGUGGCCGUAGAAUGGCAAAAAAAUUUAUGCUCGACAAACAUAUGUUAGUUCACUCUACUGAUAAGAUGCCGUGUGAACACUGCGGUAAGGGGUUUGUUAGAAAAUUUGAGUUGGAAGCGCACGUUAGAAUAGUGCACAUGAAAUUGAAGCCUUUUAAAUGCCAGUAUUGUUCCGAGUGUUUUGCUAUAAGAAAAACGUUGCGCCAUCAUGAGUACAUACACACCGGUGAGAAACCGUAUGUUUGUGAUGUCUGUGGGCAGGCGUAUCGUCAACAGACCCGUUUGAAAAACCAUCGUAAAUCGCACGAAAGAAUUAAUGUUGAUAACGUGAUAUCAACCAAUAGUAAUGGGACACUAAUGAACUCAUUUUUGAAUGCACCAUAUCAUAUAAUUGCUCAGAAAAUAGUACCUCUGACAAAUGGUAACACCGAUGCAACAAACUUUAGUAGCAGCGCCAAAGGGGUACCUAAUUUGUCAUCAUGUAAGGUUGCUGGAACUGUGAUUAAUAUAACUGACGCUGGAAUUGCAGAGGAUAAAUCUAAUAUUCAGCAAAUUUUUUAUUACGGAUUGGGCGGUAAGCACGUAAAAGCAGAUCAUCUACUUAUAUGUGAACGUAGUAUUAUGGCAUGGUCACCUGAGCAAUUUGUCGAGAUGCCAGAUGCAAAUAAGCGAAAAAUGCCAUUCCUAACUAAAGAAAAUCUUAAUCAGCAUUGCCGCACUUGUCUGAAAAAAUUAAAAAUACAAGAUAACAGUUUAAUACCAAAUGUAGAUGUAGCAGACGAAGUUUCAGAGUGUAAAGAUUUCUGUAUUAGCAUCGUUAAUAAUGAAGAAUUACAAAAUCUUAUAGCCUCCUACAUGGACGAGCAUUGGCCUAUUGAAGCGCCUGAACCGAUACUGGGGGAAUAUCCUCAGUGUGUGUGCAUACAUUGCUAUAAUAAACUGCAAAGUUUUGGAUUAUUUCGCGAACUAAUAAAGAAAAGUGCUCAAAAACUGCAGGCGAUACUCUGCCAUGGAGUUAAUAAAGUGGAAAUUGACGAUGGACCCGAAGAAAAUCAAGGGAUGGGUAAAGAACCAGAAACUGCGCGGGCGACAGAUAUGUUUAACUUCUUGCACAAGGAUACACUUAUGGAAACCGAAUCAGUUUUGCUUGAGUCAGAUAAUGUGGGAACGUUAAUGAGCGAGAGUGUACCUGACCCCGAUCCAUUCGACACAGAUAUUUCGGCUAAACGUGAAGCUACACAAAGUGAAAUUUCAAAUAACGUUAUCAACGAAGAAAGCUAUGAUCAAGUAUGGCAAAGUUAUAGCCAAGAUGAAUCCGAAGUUGAUUUAGAAAAACCAUCUAUAUCAGUGACAUCUGCAAAUGUUGAUAGCAGGAUCUUGAACAGUCAAACAGUUAAAAGCAAUUUAACUAAUACUCUUGAAUGUAUUCUAAACGAUAGACAAAAUGACGAUGGUUUGGGAAAUAUAAAAUGUACACGCGUACGCAGUAAACGAUCUGCAGAAUAUGUGGCUACAAAAAUACAAAAACAUAAAAAAAGUAUGAAAAAAGCUAUCGAUGUUAGUCGACAUACUCAAAAGCUUGUGGACACUGACCAGACAGAUAGUAAAUCGAAGAGACGCAAUAAAGGUACUAAAAACAGCUUCAAAUGUGAGCAGUGUAGCCACAGUUUUGCUCACAAAAUCACCCUCGAUGCUCAUAGACGUAAAGUGCAUGAAGGAAGCAAGCGUCCCUUUCAAUGUGAUCGAUGUGAAAAAUCGUAUACAUUCAUCGGUGGACUAUAUACGCACAUCAAGGAAAUUCAUGAAGCCGAGGUGCGUUCAUAUUCGUGCAACAUACUUGGAUGUGACCGUGUCUAUACUAGUUUUAUUGCAAUGCAAAAACAUAAACGAUUGAAACACUCGGAUACACCCUGUGUGAAAAAAUAUGUUUGCGAACAAUGUGGCGCAACAUUCAACCAAUCCGGUAAUCUUAAAUACCAUCGUCGUUCUAAACAUCCUACUGACGCAGAACAAGCCGCUCAAGACCAAUUAAAGGAGCGUUUUGAAUGUGACGUGUGUAAGAAAGUGUUCCAUUCACGUUACACCUUAAAGUAUCACACCUUACAACUGCACACCAACGAAAUGAAGUACGAGUGUAAUGUGUGUGGCCGUAGAAUGGCGAAAAAAUUUAUGCUCGUCCAACAUAUGUUAGUUCACUCAACUGAUAAGAUGCCGUGUGAGCACUGCGGUAGGCAGUUUAUUAGAAAAUUUGAGUUGGAAGCGCACGUUAGAGCAGUGCACAUGAAAUUAAAGCCUUUUGAAUGUCAAUAUUGUUCCGAGUGUUUUGCUUCAAGAAAAACGUUGCGCCAUCAUGAGUAUAUACACACCGGUGAGAAACCGUAUGUUUGUGAUGUCUGUGGACAGGCGUAUCGUCAACAGACCUGUUUGAAAAACCAUCGUAAAUCGCACGAAAGAUUUAAUAUUGAUAACGUGAUAUCAAACAAUAUUAAUCGGACAUUAAUGAAUUCAUUUUUAAAUGCUCCAGUGCAUACGAUUGCUCAGAACAUAGUACCUCUGACAAAUGGUGACACCGAUGCAACAAACUUUAGUAGCAGCGCUAAAGGGGUACCUAAUUUGUCAUCUUUUAAGGUUGCUGGAACUCUGAUUAAUAUAACUGACGCUGGAAUUGCAGAGAACAGAUCUAAUAUUCAGCAAUAACUUCUUGAAAUAUGAAGAGUUGGCAAUUUUUGGUUUUAAUUUAUUAUUAUACAAUUUAAAUAAUUCUGCAGCUACAUAAGUUUUUGUGGCUUUAUAACGAAAAUCUACUUUUUUAAAGUAUAAGUUAAGAAAUACAGUUCAUUUUUGAACAAAACAAUAAUUGUAAGAAGAAAAUUCGUCCUCUUUUGCUUUACAUAUUAUAUUUUAGUAGUUCUUAUAAAUAAUUAGCUUUUACUAGGUAAUAUUUUUCCAUCCGGCGGCUUUUCGUCUGCAUUUUGUGCAUUUGCAGCUUUCAUUUCACGUUCUAUGUAGACAUUUAUGUCAUUCAGCGGUUUGUAGUAUAAAUGAACCAGUUGCGAGCCUGCCAUCAUUGAUAGCAUCGCCGCCGAAAGAAAUUUCAUAUAUUGUCCCCAUGAAACACCAGCAGGCAUUUUGUAAUGUAAUAAUUGCCGUUAAUGGUAAUAAAUCGAUUACUAUUUUGUUACGCCGUUUCUUUAGCUUGUGGCUGCACCUGAUUUUGUGUUGUUUGUAAUUUAUCCUCCACAAAGUUUUUCGCCUGUCGUUUUUUAAAUGUA